AUGUCGAAAUUUGACCUUGCUAAAGCCGUUGGCUUCCAGCUCAACGAUAAAGAGGUGUCUUGGAAUCAGAGAGACUUGCUCAUAUAUGCAGUUGGCAUUGGAGCGAAGAAAGAUGAAUUUUCAAUAGUAAACGAGCUCGACAAAUCAUGGGCACCGUUCCCGACAUAUCCAGUAGUUCUCAUGUUUAAAGGCCUCAGUCAAGAUGUUGUUGAUUUCCGUCAGCUCAUGAGCGAGGGCAAGCGGACGCCAGAUCUACCCAAGUUCGACCCGAAUCGUAUCGUGCACGGAUACCAGACUAUUGAGAUUCUCAAACCUCUUCCUGCAGUCAGCGGACCAGGAUGGAAACUUCAAAGACGCAUCGUUGGUAUCAGCGAAAAUAAGUCUGGUAUCAUCAUUGAAGACGAAUCUGUGCUCGCAGAUGGGAAUGGCAUUCCAUACGCUAAACUUUACUCCGCUUCGUUUAAUCUUGGCGCGAAAGUCACUGGCAGCAAUUUUACUAAGCGCGUUGCAGGUCCACCGCAAGCGAAGCCAGUUCCCAAGGAUCAGAAACCCGACUGGGUGAUCAGUGACCAGACCACGCCUGAGCAGGCCAUCAUUUAUCGGCUUAGCGGGGACUACAACAUGUUACAUAUUGAUCCCAGUAUUGGUAAAGCGGCAGGGUUCGGCGGGGUGAUUCUGCAUGGCCUUUCGUCGUUCGGUUUCGCAGCGCGUGCCGUCAUCUCUGCUAUUGGCGGAGGCGAUCCCCGUUCACUCAAACUUUUUGGCGCUCGAUUUACAUCACCCGUCAAGCCUGGUGACGCGCUUGAGACAUCUGUAUGGGCAGUGGGUGCGGGACCAGAUGGCACUACAGAAGUUACGUUCGUUACAAAGAACGUUACCACCGGCAAGCUCUGCCUCGGUGGCGGAAUCGCAUAUGUGAAGAAAUUUGAGAAAGGGAAGCUCUGA